AUGUACAAAUCCAAAGUGCUUUGCGUUUUAAAGCUUAAGAAAUACGACGCGAAACUCUAUGACGUGCUGUACAUAAGCCUAUGUUUCGUAAUACCACUCAUUAUAAUCACAGUCCUAUACCUGCGUAUAUGCCAUCACCUGUGGACCAGCCCUUUGCCCGGAUGUACACUACAGGCCAACCGUAUGGCCACAGACACCGAUAGCAACUCGUGUUGUUUAGGCGGUGGCGGCAGUGGCGUAGCCGAUGGCGGCACUUAUAAGCCCAAACAAAUGUCGGUGAGUCAGGCCACGCCGGCAAAGUCACCGGCCACCCGGUGUGUUAGCGAGACGGCCAUCAAGCUGAUUAUCGAGCGACGCAAAAAAGUGAUCAAGCUACUUAUCACGAUUGUGUUGGUGUUCGCGGUGCUGAGCACACCCUUUCACUUACGCAAACUGGUUCAACACUUUAGCCCCGACUACGACGUGUCCACCGAUAUGGCCACCAUAUUCACCAUAUUCAGCACACUGUGUCUGUAUUCAAACUCGGCCGUUAAUCCAUUGAUCUAUCUCAUUUUCUCAAAAAAAUUACGCCGAUUAAUGAUCGAUGUGUUUUACCGAAUGGCGCGUAAACUAGAUUCAUGUAAUAGGUAUGAUAAGCAUGGUCAGUAUCGUUUGCCUGGCGGCUCCAAUAAUGUAUCGUCGAUUACACCUGGGUCAAAUAGUAAUGAACAGGCCAAUUUUCAGAUCGUGAAAAAUAAUAAAUGCCAUUUAAUUCUUGGUAAUAAAGAGUCGGUUAUAUUGAUUGCUAAUGAGACCAGCGUGUAA